GUUUCAGUGGCCAGAAGCCGCACAAUUGUAAUAAGCGCGCGAGAGUGACGGCGGCGGCGGCGGCCGGCCGGCAGGCAAUGCUACAGGAGUAGAGGAGCGGGGCUGUCGAGUCGAGCUCGCGAGUCGGGGUGACUGACUGACUGGCCGGGAGGUCUGUGGCACCAUGAGAGGCGGGCUUGCUGUCCUGCUGUGUCUGGAGGCGCUGGCAGCAGUCGGCGGAACGGCACGCGCCACUUUCAGCAGCAGGUGGGUCACACGAGACGCAGACACGACAAGCAGGCUAAGCAGGCCAAGAAGAGAAACGCAAAAAGACGACGAAGCAGCAGCACAUAAACUGGGCAGUCCCAUCCUAAAAAGAAGUCCUGAUAUAACAAAAGCUCCACUUACAAAAUCUGAACAACUCCUCAGAAUAGAUGAUCAUGACUUCACAAUGAGGCCUGGAUUUGGAGGUCCUGCAAUUCCUGUUGGUGUUGAUGUGCAAGUAGAAAGUAUUGACAGCAUUUCUGAAGUUGAUAUGGACUUCACAAUGACUUUGUAUCUGAGGCACUACUGGAAAGAUGAGAGGCUGUCAUUUCCUAGCACUACCAACCAGAGUAUGACCUUUGAUGGCAGAUUGGUAAAGAAGAUCUGGGUUCCAGAUAUGUUUUUUGUUCAUUCAAAAAGGUCAUUCAUUCACGACACGACAACAGAUAAUGUAAUGUUGCGUGUCUAUCCAGAUGGCAAGGUGCUUUACAGCCUGAGGGUUACCGUUACAGCCAUGUGCAAUAUGGAUUUCAGCCGAUUUCCUUUAGACACCCAGACUUGUUCAUUAGAGAUCGAGAGCUAUGCCUAUACAGAGGAUGAUUUAAUGCUGUACUGGAAGAAAGGAAAUGACUCUCUUAAAACUGAUGAGCGGAUUUCUUUGUCACAGUUUCUCAUACAGAAGUUUCAUACUACAACAAAAUUAGCAUUUUAUAGCAGCACAGGCUGGUAUAACCGACUGUAUAUCAACUUCACGCUUCGGCGACACAUCUUUUUCUUCCUUCUUCAAACGUACUUCCCAGCAACUCUCAUGGUUAUGCUGUCUUGGGUAUCUUUCUGGAUUGACCGUAGGGCUGUACCAGCUAGAGUCCCUUUGGGUAUAACAACGGUAUUGACAAUGUCUACCAUUAUAACUGGAGUCAAUGCAUCAAUGCCCAGAGUCUCCUACAUCAAAGCAGUGGACAUUUAUCUCUGGGUCAGUUUUGUAUUUGUAUUCCUCUCUGUCUUGGAAUACGCUGCAGUCAACUACUUGACCACUGUUCAAGAAAGGAAAGAAAGGAAGAUUCGAGACAAGCUCCCUUGCACUUGUGGUCUUGCUCAUCCUCGGCCAAUGAUGAUGGAUACGAGCUACAGUGAUGCAGAUGUCAAUACCACCGGGACGUACGGCAUGCCAGAAAAUGGGGACAAGCAGGAGAGAAUUUUAGUGCAUUUGGCCCUGGCCGAUGAGCGAACAUCCAGCAGACGGAAGAACUCAAGGGGAUACAUCAGCAUGUGGAUUGACACCCAUGCCAUUGACAAGUACUCCAGACUCAUAUUUCCGGGUGCCUACAUCCUUUUUAAUAUAAUAUAUUGGUCAAUUUACUCAUAGUGAAGCAGUUAAAAAAACACAGUCACCAUUACCUUAUCUAGACAGUGGACACUGAAGAAAAUGAUUUGACUUGUAUUUUUUUUCCAUCUUUAUUGUCAUUGUAAAUAAUUUGUAAUUAUUUGGGAAGGGGAGAUAUAUUUUAUAUCAAGGGGAAAACAUUUCUAUGAUUGUCAUUUCAUUGUGUUAUGUUUAAAAAUCAUACAUACAGUAUGUAUGCCUUUUGUUUCCAUGUUGUAAUGACCAUGUUGAAGAACUCUGGUUCGUCAGGAUUUGUGUCCUCCAUUUUUUUAUUCAAUGCAAACUGCCAGUUUUCUUUCUGUACUGAUGAACACUGGAAAGAAGACCAGCCCAGCUCAAAGUACACUUGCAAUCAGCCAUGUUAGGUCACUUCUUACCAGUUAGAUUAUGAGGAAAUGCGUGCAACUUCUGGAGGAAGCCCACAGAGGCACAGGAAGAACAUGGUGCUCUGUACAAAAGAGGUAUCCUAGCUUAAGGUUUUUAAGAUCUUAGUUGCUUUUUACAGUUUACCAUAUGCACAGAAUAUACACAUGGGCACACAGGGCAUCAAAAUGAUCGCUUUGAGGAUGACACACAAAAACUACAACACAGUAUGCAGCAGGAGAUGAGUAAACUAAACUGUACAAUAGGUAAAAUAUGAGAAUAGGCCAAAACAAAUACAUAGUAACUGCCUUGGACCUGGAAGCUCAAGAGCCAAAGCAAACUGUGACAAUAAAAAGAGUCCAUUAGGUCAUGUGAAGUCCCUGAUAAUGUUGAAGCCCCUCCUUUUAGGCAACUUUAGGAACAUAGAACCAUCAAAUAAACUAGGGAUUGUGUACUGUUAGACCCCAAAGCUCACCGCACGCCAUACCAAGUGACUUUGCCGAAUUUUCUCUUGGUUUAAUUUGAUAAGCACUUCACUUGCAGAUGAGAUUCUAUAUAGCGACAUGCAGCAUAUGAUACAGUUUUAAUAUCUGUUUGGUCUUCUUCAUUUGCCACCACAUUAAUUGUGGCAACCCCCAUAAGAGGUGUUAACUAGGGAAUCUCCCAGGGGUAUCACUAAACCCAGAAAAACGGAUCAAGAAGUACAUAUCACAGAAAAGGGUGUUUAUUAAGUAGCACUUAAAAAGAGCAAGAUGAUUGUAAGUAAGACAGCAAAUGGCAGAAUGAAAAAGCCUCCCUGACUGUCCUGUCUUUAGCAGUUUUCCACUUCUCAAACAGCCACCCAGCACCCUCACUUCUCUAGUCCUCCAGCCCUCUUCCUACCAUUUUCUACAUUCCCCACCUUUCUUUUUCAUGCAAGUGAGACUUUAUCCAUCUUACCUCUCAUCUGUAAGAUACCAGCCAGUAUAUCCUUUAACUCCAAGCUGGAAUUAUUUUGAGGCCAAGCCAUGGGACCACUGCAGCACACAAGAAGUACAAAGGCACCAUGUCAGAGUGCUGCCUGGCAGUCCCAGUAGAUCUACAGUGCUGAGCGCCCUUUAAGGGGCCAGGCCUCUAAGGUAUUGUCCAAAUAUUAUCAAAUCUUAGAUUAGGCAUUCUUGCAAUGGUUCUUCAUCUAGAAUUGAGUUCUAAAGCGUCUGCAGAACAUACACGGCUUUCCCAUCCUCUGGGGUCUCUGUAAACACACACUACCAUGCACACGCAUGCUUUGCCUGUGUAGACUACACUCCUUUACCAAGGUCUUUGGGGGACCUGCUCCUCUGCACUGUGCUACUCUUUGUCCUCAUAAUCCUUGCCAGUCACGCACCCUUCAAGAAUUUCCAUGCAAGUCUUAAUGCCACCGUCUGAGACUGAAAGAGAUUGACAUUUUUUUAAAUAUAUUUGUAUAUUUUUAUAGGGGAAUGGAAAGCACUUUUAAGAUAAAGACAUGGUCAGAUGACACACUAGAAGUCCAAAUGAAAGUAUAGACUAAGAAAAUGGAGACACCAAAAGUAGAAAGUCCUAAAAAAAGAGGACUGAUGCUGAAGAAUUUCAAUUAAAUGAGAAUAUUCCCCUGACUGUUCUACCAUUAAGUUCCUUUGUUCUAGUCAGGCCCAAGAUACCAAAGCUGUGUGCAGCCAUCUUUUAUAAAUGGGACAAGAUGACCAUCCUAAUGACAUCAGUGUCACGUAGCUGGCAAUGAGCAUAGUGACCAAAGAAAUUAUGACCGUCAACAUGCAAAAUAGUUAUAAAUGGUGAUGAAUAUUUAAAAAGUGAACAGAAGAAUGUCAUCAGGUGAUACCACCACUAGAACCAAACAAUAAAAAAUACAUGAGUUAGAAUUCCAAAAAUGCAGCCAAAGAACUCCAGGAAUGCCAGGAUUUAUGACAGGUAAAGAGACAAUUCUCAUUUUUAAGAACUUUUCUAUAGAAUUGUCACCUUAUGUGGACACCAGGACACUAGACUGAGGGUGAUAACCAUGUUUUGCAGGGAAAUAUUUAAUUGCUGCUCUAAAAAAGUCAUAACCAGAUUCUAAACUUUCAAUCAUUUUCUCAAACAUUAGAAUUUUGGAAAUGAUCCCUAUAUUUUUUAACAAAACGUUCAGACAGUACUUCAACUUCACAGCCACUUUAAGUGACAUGGCCAGCAUGAUGUGACAGGUCACAUGGUUGUGCAUCACAUGCCCAUCCAACCACAAGAAUCAGAGUGGCCAGACAAACAAGUGAAUAUCUGAAUAUCAUCAGAAAAGUUAAACUAAUGAAAAACAUAAAUAAAACAUUCUUUACAUGGUCCUAACACAAUGUCUGAUGUGCUUUCUAAAGAAGUGCUGAUUGAGCAGCCAUUGUAAAGUUAGGAAGAUAUCUCCCAAUUUGAAUUUACAGCUCCAUUCAAGUCAGCCAUCUAAAAGUUCAAAUGAAAACAAGCCAAACACAUCAGUAGUAUCAUUUAAAGCAUUUCUCAAGAAUGUCUAAGAGCAACUCCAUCAUAAAGUCCACAGCAUGGAUAAGAAACGAAAAUGUUUGCUUGUAUUGCUUGUUUAUGUCUGUUGAAGUAUUUCUUUGUAUUGUGUUGCUAAUCUUUAAUGUUGAGAGUCUAAAAAGUGAUAAAUGUUACCAUAUUUUCAUACUGCCAGAUUUUGUAAAUCAGGGUUUCCCAAAGGGCUUUUCUGCCAUUGUCUGCAGCAGUGGGGCACAACUCAAGAUUCCAGAUGGCCACCAAGCUCCUCUGUGAUCUUUCCACAAGCCCAAUGAUUUAUUUUAUUAUUUGCAUGUUUUAAGGUCUUCAUUUAUUAAUGUCUUUAAAUUAAAGUGGUGACUCAGACUGCACCUUCAUUACCAACGCUGGUGGCUCUGUCUGGGUGGAAUUUUACAAGUUCUCCUGUUCUCUUCCACAGACGUAGCAUACGUUGAUUGGCGACACUAAAUCGUCUGAGUGUCACCAAGUGUGAGUGUGUGCCCCCCAUGACCACAUGCUUCAUGUUGCUGGGAUCAGUGCCAGCUCCACACAACCCUUGUAAAGAGCAAAAUGGGGUUCAGAAAUGGGUGGCUGGAUGAAUCUGUAUAACAAAUAUCAUGGCUGUCAAGCAAAUCGCCCUUAUAAGCUAGAUAAAUAGUUCUGUUUAUCGCCAAGUGAGGUGAAGUAUUCUGGUGGGCUCUGUGGCCCGAGCUGUGCCAGUCUGGCCACCCUAAACUGCUUUCUCAGCAGGUUUCAGCAAAGUGAAAUCUUGUUGUAUCUCAUAUGUAGGUUGUUACUACUGCAACUUCUGAACCCAUCAAUAAACAUCAUU